AUGCUGCGAGGCAUACGGCAAAUAUCAAGACUACGGAAAUUUGUGACGGCUCCGGCAUGCAUUUUACUCAACCCAACAGCUGCCACAAGUGCAACAACAGUAGGCAAACAAGCGCCACUGCACACCAGUCGAAUUGCGCAUAAAUAUGACAAAAAAUCUUCGCGGUCGAGGGACGACAUUGACUCGGAUGAUGAAGUAGAUGCAGAGUUUAAGGAUGAACGUGAUUCGAAGGUGGUUAAGACCAAAGUAAACUCGUUGCGUGCGGAUUUGCUACUAAAAGCCGGACUUGGCAUGGCCAGAAACAAAGUGGAGCUUAAUUUCUAUGAAAGCAAAAUCCGUGUAAACGGGAAGAAGUUAUUGAAAAAGAGCGUGCAGCUUGACGUGGGCGAUGAGAUUGAUGUAAUACGCGGUUUCAGCCAGACUAAUCCCUCACAUCUGGUUAUCUCACGUGUCGUUAUACUCUCUGCCGGCGAGCAUGACGAGGGUCUCAGCGUACACCUGCGCCGUUACAAAUCGCUGCUCAUUGACAACUAUAGCAACCCCAAUGCCUACAAAUCCUCGGAACCCAUUGCACACUAGUCGUAUUGCUGUUGUCUGAAUAAAUCGCUGACACCAAUA